CAUUAGAAUAAGUCGUUCCCAAAAAGGAGUUGUUGAAUCUUGUCCAUAAAGGAUAUUGCACAUAUCACUUCCUUCUUUUUCAUCCUCUAUUCUAGCUGCCACCCGGAACAUAUUGAACAGUUGCACAGAUACAACAUCGGCUGUGAUUCGUUAUUAUUCAUUUGCGAAAACAUACAUACUUUCAAGCCUCUGCCAAGCAUUUUAUUGCCUAUUGUUCUGAACGAACGAAAGCACAGGACAGACACCAGCGGUAAUUAUAGAUACAUUAUGGCGACAUCAAAGGAUUGUUUUCAAACUAUCCACACAAUGCACAAGGCAGCACUGCUGGCCCAUAGAAAGCAGAAGUCAGAGGACACAUCAACCCUUCUUGGAGGCCAGUUGCCAAAUAAAGUUGUGCAUGAUAAUAAUUACAUUCCACUCAUGACUACUGGUCCUGAUGUGUCAGAAAAACAGAUGCAAGAGAAACCACAGUCAUUUCAACAUGCCAUUCUAACUGCAUUGCCCGAAGAUAGACACCAGCCGAAACCUGUUAUAGUGGUUGGUCCAGCUGGAGUUGGCAGAACCACUGCCUUGGAGAAGCUAAUAGUGGACUGGGCCACUGGCAAACAUCUCCAGCACUUUUCCUGUGUCUUCCAUUUCACAUUCAGGGAUUUGAAUGCCCAUAAGGGGGUGCUGUCUCUGCAGGCAUUGCUGCUUCAGUGCUACAGUCACCUUUCCCCUGAGUCCCUGGCUCUAGUCCUGCAGAAUCCAAAGUCUCUGCUGUUUCUGUUUGAUGGGCUGGAUCAGUACCAGCACAGCCUGGAACCCCCCACAUCCCUGACCCUCUGCUCGGACCCUCAGCAGCCAGCCUCAGUCUCUAUGCUAGUGGCCAGCCUGGUGCAUGGACCUCUGCUGAAAGGGGCAGCCAUACUGCUGACCUCAAGGCCUACCGCAGCCAGUCUCGAGUCUCUAGAUGGCUACCGCAUGGAGCUGUUGGGGUUUCUGAAACCCCAGAGGAAGGCCUAUUGCGACAGGUUCUUCUCUGAUCCAAUUGUAGCCAGUCAAGCGUUUGAGAACAUAGAAAGGACAAUGGGGUUCUAUGAUUUCUGCACCUCUCCGAGAUUCUGCUGGAUGACGUGUUCCAUUUACAAGUCUCUAAUGGAGGCUGGAGAGAUUCUUCCUGAGACACUAACCCAGGUGUUUGUUUAUAUCACCAUCCACCUUAUUCGGGCACUGUCAUUGGACACGACCAAUGCCAGAGACCUGGUGACCUCCCUGGGUAGAAUGGCUUCCCAUUGCUGUCUUGGCCCGGAUUCAAACUGCUCCAAAGAAGAAAUGGCCUCCACUGAUGUACAACAGUUCCUAACAACUCCAACAUCAAUGAAAGAUUUCCUGCACGUUGAUGGUGACCUGGAAUCGGACAACUGCAUUUUCUCCUUCCACACCCAGAAGAUCCAAGAGUUUUUCUUGGCUGCAUCCUUCUACUUAGACGAGUCAGAAGCAGUGAGUGUAGAAGAGCUGUUGGAGAACCAUGAGGGUUGUGUAGAGUUUCUCGACCUUUACCUGGCAGGGCUUUCUGAGCCCUCUCAGAGGAAGCCUCUGGAAUCUGAACUGGGAGAGUUCAACACUGACCACAUCAUGGACUUCAGCAGCUGGUUUAAAAGCACCUCUCGGAAGGCACUGGAGAGCUAUCACACAGACAGACACCUCCAUUACUUUCAUCUGCUCCAUCAACGUCAGAAUGAGAAGCUGGUGAAGGAGAUCAUCACUCCGUCUGCCCGUGGCAUCAGCUAUGGCGUUCUGGGUGUACAUGACUGUGUGUCUCUCAGCUAUAUAGUGACAUGUCUGGGGGAAUGGGAUCAGCUGAAUCUGUACAGCAGCAAGGAUUUAACUGAGGAAAAAGCCAACCUUUUGGUUCCUGCCAUACGUCUCUCUCAUAAAAUAAUCCUGGUUCAGAGCUCUCUUAGUGCUGGGGCUCUCGCUCACCUGGCCUCAGCCCUCAGCCAGGGAAGGACCACAGAGCUGGAUAUGUCCUACAACCCCAUGGGUGACACAGGCUUCAAAGUUCUUUGCACAGGACUUGGGGACUGCAACAUACAAACAUUAAAACUUCCAGUGUGUGGGUUAACAGAGGCUUGCUGUGGGGACCUGGUGGCAGUCCUGACCUCAGAGAAAUCCCAUCUCCGCGUGUUGGAGCUGAGGGGGAAUACGCUCCAUGACCAGGGGCUCAGGAAGCUGAGCCAUGCACUGGGAAGCCCUCACUGCAAACUGCAGGAGCUUCAGUUACCGAGGUGUGAGUUGACGGGGGGGUCCAUGGAGGCCUUGUCAACUGCACUGUGCGUUGGCCAAUCAGAGCUGAGAAUACUGAAUCUGGCACAGAACUGCCUCACCGACCAGGGGGUGGAUUGGCUGGCCAAGGCUCUCCAAUAUCCCUGCUGCCAACUGCAAAGCCUGAUAUUGUUUGAUAAUGAGUUGACAGCUGCGUGUUGUGCUGGUGUGGCUGAGGCCUUGCAGUCAGAAGGCUGUAGGCUGACUGAGCUGGAUCUGUCUGUGAAUGCAUUGGGCCAGGAGGGGGCACUGCAGCUGUGUAAGGCCCUCAACAAGCCUGGAUGCCCACUGGAGAAACUGCGGUACUACAGUCCGCAGCAUGCUUGUUAUGUAUUGAGUGUAUUAUCUGUUGUAGUCUGGGAACCCCUUGGAAACGAGACGAUUCAUGCCUUUGUAUCAGAACCAAUUAGGGUUUUCUGUUGCAGCUUGGUACGCUGUGAGUUGACUACCCUGGUCUUCAAGGAGUUGGGCGUUUUGCUGAGCAGUGGGACCUCUGGACUGAGAACACUGUCUGUGGGCCUGAACAAAAUAGGAGACGAAGGAGCCAAACACCUCUGGGUCGCACUGGGAAACAAACGGUGCAGUCUGGAGCACCUGGAUGUUGAGAUGAUCCAGCUGACGGAUGCCUGUGUUGGAGACAUGAGUGCGGCGGUGAGGGCCAGUGGUUUCCUGAAGAGCCUGGUCCUGAAGAACAACCAUCUGACUGACACCUCAGUCCCAGCUCUGGUCCAAGUCAUGCAGGAUAGUCGCACCAUGCAGGAGAUGAAUCUGCAGUAUAACGACUUCAGUGAAGACAUGUUUGAAAUGAUGGACCAGUGUGCAAAAAUCAAAUACUAAACAAAAAUUACCUUUUAAAAAUGUCACCACCAAAAAACUUGACUAAUUUAGCCUGAGAAGGCUAAAUAGAAACCAAUCCCUUGACAGUAUUUGUUUGAUCCCUCCAUUCUUUCUACUAGUAUAGAGUUACAUGACAAUGGGCUUCAAACAGCCAUGGGCUGAACAGUGUCUGAUAGUGAACACAUUCAUGAGGUUACUUGAGUGCUAUUGCUAAAGUUUUGGUUGUCAAAAGAUGUUAACUAAUGAUUUGGUUCAAAUAAAGGUUUUUAAUGAGAAAAAUA